UGGGGUGAAAAUAGUCUUAAUUAUAGGGACCGGUCAAAAUAUAAAUAAAUAAAAUUAAAGUGGUAGCGGGUUUUCCGGUGAAAGGACGAAUAAGCAAAAGCUGAGCCAUGACACGUGGACAGACAGCAACCGCUUGAUAGAGAUUCAACGUCUAAUAUUUAAUCAUAAUCGGUGAGAUUCAUUGAAACUGGAAGAGAACUGUAGAGAAGUGGCCAGUCAUAGAUUUCCUUGUUCACCUCAGUCUUACUCAUACACAUAACACACAACACACUCUCUCCCUCUCUCUCUUUCAAAAAAAAAAAACCCAGUUGCAUAUGAAAGCGAGAUAGAGAGAGAAAGAGAGAGUGAAUGAGGGCUUGGUUGUCUUAAAUGAGGGUCGCGCAGCAGAGGGUGAAAGGGUGCAGUUGCCAUGGCGGCGUUGCAGAGCUCUAAUUCCGUGCCAUUAUUGAUUCGAACAACGAAAGAGUAGAAUUGAAAAACCAAAAGAAAAAACAAAACCCAAUUUGCUAAACAAACAGUACUGCUCUUUCAUCUCCUAUUUUUCUUAAUCUUUCUUUUAAUUUAUACAACUUUUCUUUUGUUUUUUUCUUCUUCUUCUGAAAUUUGGUGUCAAAAGCUGCAAAAGCUCCAACAACAAGAUCGAUAGGAGAGUCAGACGUCUCGACCCAGAAUCAGAAUCCCAAAAUCAGGCCAGUAGAGAGUACUACUACUUCUACUAAACACCUUGAGGUAAUUGUACUGAUAUGGAUUUUGACCCUAAAUUGAGGUUAGUAUUGGGUUUUGGGUGCAAGAAAUUAUGGCUGGGUUCUUUUGCCUAGGCGGACCAAGGGAUCAUCAUCAUCCUCAUCAGCAAUCAUCAACACCAAGCAAACAAGAGGAUCAACAAGAUCAAGUCGAAAGAGAACGAAACCUUUUUCUUUACAGAUCAGCAACUGAUUCCGAGAUCUGCACCAACAACAGCAACAAGGGUGGUAGUUUUGAGAUAUGGCCACACCACCAUCAACAUCAGCAGCCUCAGAAUUUCAACAACUACGUACUCUCCUUCGGGUCCAGUCCUAGCCGAGCUAAUAAUAAUAGUAGUGGCAGUAGAAACCUAAACGACGUCGUUUCUGCUGAUGACCCAACGAGAUUGGGGUUCACAGUUAUGAGGCCAGGCGGAGUAGGAGGUUCGGGAGGAAUGAAUUGCCAAGACUGUGGGAACCAAGCCAAGAAAGAUUGCAUCCAUUUGAGGUGCCGUACUUGUUGCAAGAGCCGAGGGUUCCAGUGCCAAACUCACGUUAAGAGCACUUGGGUUCCGGCUGCCAAACGCCGCGAGCGGCAGCAACAACUGACGGCUUUACAACUUCAACAGCAAGAACAACAGUUUCGAGUGCUGGACAACUCCAAAAGGCACAGGGAGAAUCAAGGAGGCUCCGCUGCUCUAAUUGCUUGCACUAAUACUACCACUACUACUACUACUCGUUUACCUUCCACCUCGUCAGGGUUGGAACUAGGAGGAGCAUUUCCUGCUGAAGUGAAUUCUUCAGCUGUUUUCCGAUGCGUGAAAGUCAGCGGGAUGGACGAUGUAGAUGAGAACUACGCGUAUCAGACGGCUGUGAACAUUGGAGGGCAUGUUUUCAAAGGGAUUCUCUAUGACCAUGGUCCCGAAGCUCAUUACACCGGCGGCGAUGGCUCAUCUGGCCGAGGCGGAAACGGGGAAGACAGUACUACUCAACAUCUUCAUCUUAUAACAGCAGGAAACGCUGGCGCCACCCAUACAGCCGGCGGUAACCCAUCGAUUUCGUUGCUUGACCCUUCAAUGUACCCAACUCCACUCAACGCUUUUAUGGCCGGUACGCAAUUCUUCCCACCCCCGAGGUCUUAAAAAAAGGACUCGUUCAUUGAUCCCCUAGCUAGCCUUAUGAGGAAAAAAAAAAAAAAGAACUCAUCUUGAUCUUUUGUCGGCUACUCUCACAAUUAUUAUUAUUAUUAUUUAGUAUUCUUAUUCUGGUUUCUUAAGUUUACUUAAACCUGCACUGAAGUAGAAGAAGGCCUAGGAAGUGUACUCUAGAGAAUAGGUUGAUGAGGAUAUAGUCUGGAUAUUUGGCCUAAUUGUUUUCAAAUUUCAAUUCAGAUUUUCAUGGUUA